UGAGAUAUUCCUCCCCACCGAUCCUCACAGAGUUUAACAUCGGAGAGGAGGACCAAAGGCAGGUUCAGACCAAACACACAAGUCCAGGCGGGUUGAUGCGGCUCCUGACACAAUCAACAAGGAAGAGCCACACCUGAAGAGGCAGGACAGAGUAUGUGGCCGGAGACAGGAGACAAAGCUGGCAAGAUGUGAACCGGCAGAGGGAAAUAAAUUGCCCAUUGGAAGCCACUUUGGGACACUAAAGAUGGAGUCACCAGGCAGAGAGGAGGAGACAUACGUGUUGGUGGAAUAUGCCUUUGAAUACACCUCCAAGGAUGGUCAACUUAUCACAAUCAAACCAAAUGAGAGAUACAUGCUUUUAAGGCGAACCAAUGACCACUGGUGGCACGUUAGGAAGAGCAAAAAUUCCCGGCCUUUUUACAUCCCAGCUAAAUACGUCAGAGAGCUGAGCCCCUUCACGCCUACUGAGAAGCCAACUCCCACAACCUGGCUGGAGACUACCAAUUUAGGGACCUCCAUUGCAGUUGGAAGUGAUCAGUUGCCAGAGUAUGAAUAUCGAUUUGUGACAGCUGUUCAAGAAUGCAAAACAGAUACCUCACAGCAGCAUUCCAGCUCCUUAGGUGUAGAAACAGUGGCGUCUUUUGAGGAUAAUGGGAAGAUUCUACCCACUUCUGGAGCAGUGAGAGGCACAUGGCCCCCUCUCAGUGCCUCAUACAGUUCCCUUAAGCCUCCUUACCCCACAGACUCUAAUCCUCCUCUGGCAGGUCACAGCCAUUCUGCUGACCACAUGAGGCCUGCUGUAUCCCUGGAUGACUUGGCAAGGUUCACAUCUCCCAGCCAGGCAGGUGUGGGGAACUCUGGAUUGUACAAAGCUGCCUCAUGGGCUCACCCUCACCCGCUUCUGAAAAACAGCUCUGAAAACAUCUGCAAACUGGUAAAGGACCAAGUGAAACAGGACAGGCAGGAACCCUGGGCCAAAGAGCCGUUUGAAGAGGUGGCCACAGAUCCAGUAUAUGUGAACCUACAAGAACUUCAGUUGGAGCACAGGACUGCCACUGCCAACAAUGCCCAAUCCUCACUCCAGCCAUGCCUCAGCAGCUCCUUGAAGAACUGGGAAACUCACACUGACACCGAAAGCGGUCACUUGUUCUAUUACAAUUCUGUGACUGGUCAGACAACAUGGGAGUCUCCCUUUGAGGCUUCCUUGGAUAGUGUGAGUCCCUCCCAUCCUCACUCUCCCAGCCCUGCCACACCUGCUAACUGGAACCAAUAUGUAGAUGAGGCCAGUGGGCAGAUAUUCUUCUAUAACGCAGCAACAGGUGAGACGUCGUGGGAUGCACCCCAGGUGAAUGAGAUUCUCAGUCCUCCAGAGAUGCAGCCUGCAUUUACUCCUUACAGCUCUCUGGAUCAGAGGCCACCAACUCCAGAAACUGACUAUCCUAGCUUUUCUCCUGAUGAACUUGAACACUACCCAGAGGAAGAUUAUUCUCCAGUUGGCUCCUACAAGCAAUUUGACUAUACCAGUAUUCCUUCAGCAUACCAGGGCUGGGCUUCCCAUGGCAACCAGGAAGGACCAAUGUUUGAUGGCAGCCUUCAUGUCUCAGACAUGGUGACCGCAUCUGGCCAUCGCCAGUGUACCAGUAGUGGAUCUAGUCUGGGCAGCAGCCCUUUUGCAAGCUGGUCCCCCAGCCUGCCAGCUUACCCUGGCUCAAAAGAGGAGCAGUUGAAAACUCUUGAGAAAGCUGGGAUGCUCUAUCGGACAAAAACCGCUGAUAAAGGGAAACGCCUGAGGAAGAACUGGAGCUGUUCAUGGACAGUCUUGGAAGGUGGUGUCUUAAUAUUUUUCAAGGACUCCAAGCAUUCAACUUCCAGCAGUGUGAAACAUCCCUCUGUGUUAAGCAGCCCAGAAUAUACAGUGGAACUUCUUGGAGCAUCUCUUUCCUGGGCCCCCAAAGACAAAUCAAGCAAAAAGAAUGUCUUAGAGCUGAAGACACGAGAUGGCUCAGAGUAUUUGAUCCAACAUGAUUCGGAGUCCAUUGUCAGCAUGUGGCACAAUGCAAUUAAUAAUAGCAUUAGCAGACUGCCUACAGAUUUACCUUUGGAAGAGAGUGAGGAUAAUUCAGCAGAUCUAAAAUCCAAGGAACAAGUAGGGAACAAAGAGAAAGAAAGUGAGAAGAAGAAUCCAGCUUUCUGGCACUCAUCCAGCUCCCUCAACUCUGAGAAUGAAUCCAACAAAGUCCGUAACAAGCUCCGGAAAUUUCUGUUGAAGCGUCCACCUCUGCAGUACCUGAGAGAGCGAGGCUACAUUAAAGAUCAGGUGUUUGGAUGUGCUCUUCAAGUUCUGUGUGACCGUGAGAAGAGCACGGUGCCUCAGUUCGUCAGGCAGUGCAUCUCCACUGUGGAGAAAAGAGGCUUGGAUAUUGAUGGACUUUAUCGGAUAAAUGGUAACCUGGCUACAAUACAGAAAUUGCGCUACAAAGUUGACCGUGAUGAGCACCUGGAUCUUGAUGACGGCCGUUGGGAUGAUGUUCACGUUAUCACUGGGGCACUCAAACUCUUCUUCCGCGAGCUGCCUGAGCCACUCUUCCCCUUCAGCCAUUUUGACAAAUUAAUUGCUGCCAUUAAAAUUACAGACCCCACAAAGCGAAGCCACCGCUUACGGGAGCUUGUGCAUUCUCUACCUCCUGCUAAUCUCAAUACCAUGAGGGUACUUUUCCAGCAUCUCUGCAGGGUUAUAGAGUUCCGGGAGGAGAACCGCAUGUCUCUGCAGAGUGUUGCAAUUGUCUUUGGGCCAACAUUAUUGAAACCAGAGGCAGAAGAAGGCAAUAUGCCUAUGUACAUGGCUUUCCAGAAUCAGAUUGUGGAGCAAAUCCUUAGUCAGUUCAAUUAUAUAUUCCCAGAGAGCUAGACACAGUUGUAUAAUGGAGUGGCUUCAGUGUGAGAGCAGGUCCUAUUGUUGUGAGGAAAGAGGUGUCGCUGGCUUGGGCCACAGACAGAGACAAUGAAGCUGGGAGAGAAACAUUUGGCAAGCAAUUAAAUCAUCUCCGCUGGAUUCAGAAAGCUUGUUUCUGAAGGUUGGAGACAUGGAUGUUGUAAACUCUGUUGGACAAGAAAUGGGUGAAUUGCUUGGCACAGCAUUCUGGAUCAGUGAUCUUCAACACUUUCUGGACUACAUGAUCUGGUGUGGAUAAAUUUUGUGGAAAGGGGGAGGCUUUAUGGGUGAAUCUAAAGAGUUACUUUUCAAUUGAACUAAUGAUUUUUCAAGCAACAUGGCUUGUUUUGAAGGAAUUGAGGGAAAUUGUAUUGCUAUGGAUAUACUCUGAAACUUCAAUUAUUUUGAAUGAACAAAGUAUUCUUGAAAAUGUGAGAUUGGGCCUGAAGAGGAUCAGACAUUCACCUGGUGAACACUUGUUACCCUGACUCCACUUUAUUGACUGCAAGACAUAAAAUGGCAGAUUACUAAUAUAUGAUCAUAGUAUUGGCAUAACAGCAUUAUAAUACAGAACUCAGAUUCGUAUUAUUAAUUUCUGUGUAUCAGUUGCUUGUUCCAAUGUAUGUGUGAAUUAUCUGUGUUAGGAUAACUUGCACUUUGAGAUUGGUAAAGUGGAAUUCAA